UUUUUCAUUCAUCAUCGUCUUCUUCAUCAAACUAAGCUACCAUGAAGCCCACAAAAAUGGCGGCGCACGGCGGCAAGAACGCCUCCCCCACCACGACAAUGGCUGCCCUGUUUCUUCUCUUUUUACUCGCCUUCCUCUGUUUCUCCACCCGGACUCCCAUCUCCCCUGUUUUCCCCCAAAAUCACCAUAGCAACCAACGGGAAACCCAAUUACUCCCAGCAGCGCCGCCGCGGGAUCGGCUGGAAGAAGCUCUGGGCAGGGCGGCGAUGGCGGGAACGAAGACAGUGAUCAUAACGAUAAUCAACCAGGCGUACGUGGAGCCGGUCUCCGGGGAGCCGCCGUCGAUGCUGGAUCUCUUCCUCGAGGGGUUCUGGGAGGGAGAAGGGACGAGGGAGCUGGUGGACCACUUGCUGGUGGUCGCCAUGGACGACGCCGCCUACCGGCGCUGCCUUUUCCGGCGGCUGCAUUGCUACGGGCCGAUCACGACGACGGAGGAAGGCGGAGUGGAUUUCUCCGGCGAGAAGGUUUUCAUGUCCAAGGAGUUUAUCAAUAUGAUGUGGAGACGGACUCUGUUCCUUUUGGAUGUUCUUAAACAUGGUUACAACUUCAUCUUCUCGGACACGGACAUAAUUUGGUUGAGGAAUCCAUUCACAAAGCUGAGCAGCAACACAACAGAAGACUUGCAAAUCAGCACAGACAUUUUCACAGGGGACCCAUGGUCAACCGCCAACCCGAUCAACACGGGCUUCUACUACGUAAGAUCUAAUCCCAAAACCCUCAAGCUCUUCGAAACAUGGUAUGACAUGAGGGAGAAGUACCCGCCUCAAAUGAAAGAGCAAGACAUCUUGGCGAUCAUGAAAAGAGGUGGGAUUUUCAAGGAGAUGGGGCUUCUCGUUCGGUACUUGGACGCCGCACACUUCAACGGCUUCUGCGCAAAUAGCGGGGACGUGGCAGCAGUGGCAACUGUCCAUGCCAAUUGUUGCAGAGGCAUCACCGCCAAGGUUGCUGAUCUCAAAAGUGUUCUCCAAGAUUGGAAGGUUUAUAAGACAUCUAGAGGCAACCCUGGGAAUUUCCGGUGGUCUGAACAUGUUUUUUGCAAGAAUUCUUGGGGGCCUACUCCUAGUAAUUAAGAGCAAGACUACAUAGUUUGGGACAUAUACUUAUACUACUAUGUAUGGAUAAUGGUUGGGGUACUACUUGUACCCACACCUUUCGGGUCCGUUUGGCAUCAACGUUAGAGAUUAGCGUUAGCGUUUUCAAAAUUAAUCUAUGUCAUUAAAAUUUUAUUCAAAACAUUAACGCUAAUCGAAAACGCUGGGAUAUUUGUUACUUCCUCCGUCCUAAAAUUAACUUCUCAUUUGACUUUUUACGGUCUCCAAUGUGAUACUUUGACCAUCAAUAUCUCUAUUUUUAUAUAAAAUAUAUUUUAUAAAAAUUAUAUAUUUCAAAAUGAAUCUAUUGAUAAUAA